AUGUUCAAAAUCUUCGCUAUUGCCUGUUUGGUAGUUGCCAGCUGCGCUGCCCAAAACUACCAUUACGAACCUCACCAUGAAGAACAACAUGGCCCAGCUAAAUACGAGUUCGCUUACGGUAUCCAAGACCCUCACACCGGAGACAUCCAUUCCCAGCAAGAGCACCGCGAUGGAGACCAUGUCCAAGGACAAUACUCCCUUCACGAAGCCGAUGGUACUGUCAGAAUUGUGAAAUACUCUGACGACGGUCACGGUUUCAAUGCUGUAGUCGAAAAGGAAGGACACCCAACUGAAGCUCCAGUUUAUAAGAAAAUUGUUGCCGCAGCUCCUGAAUACCACCAGUACCAUCAUUGA